AUGGAUGAGUCGAAUGAAGGAUCAUCAUCUGCACCGAGGAGUCGAUUGUUUCGAGCAUCUUCCUCUCGUGAGGUUAGUCGGGAGGAGGAGGUUGUGGGGCAGGAGGAAGUACCUGAGGUUCACCCUGAGCACGACGAGGAUGAUGCUCAAGACGCAGAGGAGGGCAGCUUCCCGGGAGGGCCUUUUGACACAUCCCUCUUUAUUUUCUACCAUGACCAUGCUGCUCGAUGUAUUUGGGACGUCGAGCCUACCAUAAAAUCUGUGAACCAUUCGCAGAAAAUAUUAUAUCUAUUUAAACCACAGGCUCAGUGGUUUAAUGAUGUUGUAGCUGGUUCCGGACUUGGCGGGUUAUGCAUGACCACAUAUAGUACCAUAAGCCGCAACAUGCAGGGAGAUUUUGCUGAAGGGUGGCACAAGGAGACUUCUUCUUUCCACUUUCCUGUCGGGGAGUUGACGAUCAUCUUACACGAUGUGGCCUGUCUGCUCCACCUGCCAAUCAGAGGAGGUUAUUGGACCAUUCUCGGAUACAGAGGGUUGAGGCUAUAG